UUUGUUAGGCGGCGACGCGGACACCUUUGCUCCGUGGUGAUUGGCUCCCGGCGGGGGCUUCGCGUUUGUCCAAUAUGGCGGCGCCCAGUGGCGGUGUGAACUGUGAGGAGUUCGCCGAGUUCCAGGAAUUACUCAAGGUGAUGAGGACGAUUGAUGACAGAAUAGUACAUGAAUUAAACACUACGGUUCCAACAGCUUCCUUUGCAGGGAAAAUUGAUGCAAGCCAAACCUGUAAACAACUUUAUGAGUCUUUGAUGGAAGCUCAUGCCAGCAGGGACAGAGUCAUAAAAAAUUGUAUAGCUCAGACCUCAGCAGUAGUAAAACACCUCCGAGAAGAGAGAGAAAAGAAUUUGGAUGAUUUAACGUUAUUAAAGCAACUUAGGAAAGAACAGACAAAGUUGAAAUGGAUGCAGUCAGAACUGAAUGUUGAAGAAGUUGUAAAUGACAGGAGCUGGAAGGUGUUUAAUGAACGCUGCCGAAUUCACUUCAAGCCUCCAAAGAAUGAAUAAAAAGAUACUUUUUUAUAAAAGGACCGGGACAUCUCAUAAGAGCUAAGCAUGACAGAUAUCAACAAGGUGGGCUUCCUAGGAUGAUUUCUGAGCCAACAGUCCAAGACCUUUUGUUGAUUUCAGCCCCACUUAGCCAAGACCUUAAGUACAAAUAAUUCUGAUAAUUAUGGAAAAAUCAACUGCUAUUUUAUACUGAUUCUGUAAAAAAAAAAAAAAAAUGUUUUGUAACUAUUAAAAUAAUUUUCUGACUCAGUGUA